AUGAAGUGCAAGUCGCUAGAAAAGAGCUCCUCCGGAAUAAUGUUUUUCAGCGAGACACUGCUACAGGAGCCUUCGGACAAGCAGGCCACCAGGACGUGGUCUGAGGUGUCCUCCUCUCGCUUCAAGUCCCGCCGAAGCAAGCACCCGCGUAAAAAGCAACGCACGAGUUCGCAGGAGUAUGACGAUCUUCUGGUCUUUGGUUACGAGGUGAAAACCUUUCGUGACGACGAGAUGUCGAAAAAAGUAGACGACGGAAACUUCCUCAUUAGUUGGAGGGGCGAGACGGAGAAUAAAAUCUUGCUUGAUAGAUAUGAUGUGCGAAAUUUACUUGAUGACCGUGAGCAAUUCAAAAAGGUAUCCUACACGAUGUCGCGGAGGAAUGAGGACAUCGAGCAGGAGAAGAUCAUUGACGAGGAGAGGUGGAAAGAUUUGGAUUCUGAAUCGGAGGAUCUGUUCGAGAUGUCCGAGGAAGAAAGAGACGUAUACAUAGAGGAAAAAAGGGAGAAGAGAACGGUGGGUGAAAACAAGGGAUACAGUUAUCACUAUCAGUAUGCCGAGGAGAGUCAAUCUCAUGAUGACGAAGCGGAAGAGACUAGUAAACCUCUGGACAACCGCGUAGAUGAGAUCAUUGAACGCACCGCUAAAUUUCUCAACGCCAGUACCGAUCCACAGAUGGAGAUCGUGAUCCAGGCUAAACAAGCCAGUAACCCUAGCUUCUCGUUCCUGAACAAGGAGGACCCGCUUUAUCCGUACUAUAAACACGUCCGCGUAUUGCUUCAGACCGGUCUCUUUGCAUACGGAGGUGAUGACGAGGAUGGCGGCGGAUCAAGCGGCGAAGAGAAAAAAGCAAGUUCGGCGGAUGAUGAGUCUGAAGGUGAUGAAUCUGCAACGGUAAAAGAUAAUAAGAAACGAAGAAGGACAAACGAGUCAAUUUCAUCUAAUGUCAAAAGUGGAAAUUCCAUUUACGCUCAGAAUAAUAAUCAGACGAGUUCUGGAACCUCGAAAACCCCGCAACAAAAAUAUUGUGUGGUCGUGGUGCCACCACCAGAUCUCAAAGCCAUAAUUGAUAAGAUGUCUGCUUACGUGGCGAAAAAUGGGCAAUCCCUGGAAGCCAAGGUCCGAGAGAAGCACAUAGAUGAUCCUCGGUUCAGUUUCCUAUUACCGUGGAACGAAUUUCACCCUUACUAUAAAAAGAAGAUUCAGGAUGAAAAGUCCACAUUCGAUUCGGCCGAAAAUGCUUCUGCAAAGACGAGCGAUUCGUGA